AAUGCUCCAGACUUUUCUCCACCUCUUCCCCGCACAGAGAAUUCUGUUCUUUUUUUGUACCGUCUAGUUGCUGACUAUUAUAUAAGACUUUGUGUUGUUUGUUUAUUGGCGUGUGACAGGCUCCCUUAAACCCCAGUCUCGAUGAACGUGAUCAACAGGAUGAAACAGAUUCAAGAGCUUUCUGCACGUGUUAGGUGCUUGUGUUGGGGAGAAGCAGCUACGAUAAUGGGCUUAUGAAGCUUACCUGUUGACUGGAGCAUAUCAAGUGCUUGGGAGACGCUCUUGCUGUCAAGAGCAGGUUUGUCUCCUUUCUUCGAGAACUUGUUAAGCCUAUUGAAAGUUCAUGCUCAGGAUGCUCAGGUGGAUUGUUUCCGGUGCAUCAUUUUCGUCGAGACGCGAUCUGCAGCCAGGGCCAUGACCAAAAUUUUGAAUUUUGUGGCUGCGAGCGAGAGUGAGUUUGGAUGGAUUUCGCCAGUGUGCUUGGUGGGACAUUGUAAAAGUGAUGAUGAAUCAAUGACAAUGGCCCAGCAAAGCAACAUUCUCAGCAACUUCAGACAAGGGAAGACAAAUGUCAUGGUGGCGACAUCAGUUGCGGAAGAAGGCAUCGAUAUUCCCAGUUGCAAUUUAGUGGUGCGCAUGGAGCCUGCUCAGACAGUCAUAAAGUUUGUUCAGGCACGAGGCCGUGCAAGAUACACGAGAAGUCAUUAUGUAAUAAUGUGCUGCGAUGCUUUAGAUGAUGAAGAACAGGUCUUAAAGCUAGUUGAGCGCGAAUCAGACAUGCAGAAGGUCUUGGAUGACCUAGACGUGUCUCAUGUGGCUGAAAAUUGCUGGAUUAGAGAAUGUUCUGCCAAAGAGCCAGAGCCACUGCUUGCACUAGAUCCAAGGUCCCAUGAUCAUACGCACUUGGCAAUUGGUUCAGAGCAGACGGUUCAUGGACCAAUAGAGGUGAAUAUGGAUGAUUUGGUGCAAACUCAAGCAACAGUGAAACAGAAGUUCACUGAUGGAAAGUGUCUCUUUGAAACCAUGGUUCGUUUGGUACAGUGCCCAAAUGAGCUUGGCCGUGUGCCGUUGAUGAGAGUCGCCACAGGGAUGUUUUCCUUGCUAGGGCGGAGAUCUCCGUUUGAAGUUGACAAGCAGGUUUGGUUUUCUGCCGACAAUCGCCGUUGCUUCAUGUGGAAAGUUGUGGCUCCCUUAUGUAACUUGUGCAAGCUUAAGGUUUUGCACGUGAAUUGGACAGAUGAGUUCGAUGCCAAAUUGGGGCCAUGCAAAAUGCUUGGGCCACAGACCCGCCUACAAUUGAGGCGGUGCGAAACGAGGUGAUUCGCUCAGAUCUUGGGUGAACUUCCACUGGAACGACCCGUGAAGUGUUCGAGGCAAUAUCGAAACGGAAGGACCCUGACUCGUGAAGUCCAUGAAGCGUUUGAUCCUGAGAGCGACUAUGUUUCAAUGGUGAAUACACACUUGCAAAUCACACGCAGGCCACAUUCAGAGCAGAGGGUGGCGCAAUACGUCACAAUUCGCGCAACCACUCCGUUCGUUAUUGAAGUUCGACUUGAUCACUUAGUUUGGAAAGGCUUGCCGCAGAGCAAAAUUAAACUGGCAAAGCAGUCUGCUGCGUACGAAUCCUGGAAGACCCUCUCUGAACCUUCCUCUUUCUGAGAGCUCAACGCAUCGCU